AUGAAGAACCGUUCCUUAUCUCCUCUGUUGCACGUCCAUGUGGAUGAAAACACCCCUGUCCAUGUGCAUAUUAAAAAGGGUCAGAAAACAACAUCUGCAAAAUUCCAGCAAAAACACAAACACAAAAUGAAAGGGGAUACUGUGAAUGCGUGCCGAGCUGUCCGAGGAAAAACUAAGGCCAAGCUGCAGAAAAAGGAGGAAGUGCAGCAAAUGACAAAGCGUCUCCUUGAGGAACAGAAAGAAGAACUGAACGAGGUCACACAAGAGCUGGUAGAAACAGAACACGAGAAUACACUGCUCAGGCGUGAUAUUGAGCGCAUAAAGGAAGAGAAAGAUCUGACUAUGGAUGGAGCAGCCCCAGCCAGGCAGAUCCAUGCCCUGAAAAAUACAAUUGGGAGACUCAACAUUGAGAAGCACAUGAGCAGCUCAGACAUUAACACACUGACAAGACAAAAAGAACUUCUGCUCCAGAAAUUGAGCACCUUUGAAGAAACCAACCGGACACUACGAAAACUUCUCAGAGAGCAGCACAGCCGGGAGAGGGACACUCAGAAGAUAAUGGAGCGGCAAGGAGCACUGCUGAAAAGGCUGGGUGACUCAGAUGCAGAGAAAAUGCAACUUCAGCUGAGGCUUCAGGAGAAAGAAGAAGAAGUGGACAAUCUUACCAUUCAGAUACAAGCAGAAAAGGACCAGACAAAGGCAGCAUGUGAACUCUCCAAAUCCAUGGAGACUGUGAGAGGCCAUUUACAAGCACAGCUGCGAAACAAAGAAGCUGAGAACAACCGUCUGACUAUACAGAUACGGAAUCUGGAGCACAGUGAAGCUCAGCAUAAGGCAAAGGUGGAACAUGUCAUGGAACAACUGAAAGAGCUAAGGCAGAAGGCAGACCAUGAUAAAGAGGCCCUGAAGAAAGCCAUCUGUGCACAGAGAGAGCGGGCAGAGCGAAGUGAAGAGUAUGCAGAGCAAUUGACUGUCCAGCUAGCAGAAAAGGACAGUUAUGUUGCUGAGGCGCAGUCUACUCUGGAGUCCUGGAAGAGUCGCCACAACAAAGUAGUAAAGGACAAGAAUGACCUCGAAGUGGAAAUUGUUACACUGAACAGCCGUAUUGCAGACUUGCUGGAACAGCAGACGAUGCUGGAGGACAAGAAGCGGGAGGACAGAGAAGCUUUGGUGGAUAAAUUGCAUCAACAGACUGCAGAGACCACUUCUUUCAAAAUGGAGAAUGAAAGACUGAAGGCUAGUGUGGUCUCAGUGGAGGAAAAGCUGAAUCAAGCGCAGAUGGAAGUGCAGCAGCUCAAGAGCUCUGUCAGAAACUAUGAAGUGUUGAUUGAAACCUACAAGUCACAGGUGUUGAAGGCCCGAAUGGAAGCAGAUGAUGUGGCAGCAAAACUGGAGAAGUGUGAUAGAGAGAAAAAGACACUAAAGGAUGAAAUGGACAAGGAGAUUGAACUGGCACGUAAGCAGUUCCAGAGCCAGCUUGCUGAACUGGAAAAGCUGCCCGAGAUUCUGAAGAUGACAGAGACACAGCUAGCAGAAUGUCAGGACCAGCUUCAGAGUUAUGAGAAGAAGAACGUGGACCUGUCUGUCAUGAUUGGAGAUCUUCGUCAGCGGGUAAGGGACUGGCAGAAAGUACCUGCAGCACUGCAAUCCUCAAGUCUGAGACCAACAUGAACUGCUAAUCACAGGAAGUUUCAAACUUCGUCUCUGUUCUCGUCUCUCUUUGAAAAGAUUAAACGUGCACUGCAAAA